AGCGGAGGGGGUGGAUCAUUUCGAUCAGGCCUAACAUGUCGCCCGUCUUGGUCUCUGCAUGAUUAGUCGCAGUUGUUGUGAAGAGCCGUAGACUGAUGCAGCUUGAGCCUUUAUUUCUCAGGUGCCUGUCGGCAGGCUGGCAGGCCUGGCCAGGGGGACGCUUUUCGCCUCCGGAAGGGCCUCGAUUAUUGGUGCAAUGUUACUGAUGAUUUUCAUGUAGAAUCGGCUGCAAAUGAGAGUUGACUGGCAGCCUGAAGUUGCUGUGGUCUCUGUAGGCCUAGAAAUUGAUGCAAAAGUGCAAGUGUUUCUAUACUGAAGGUGCACUUAGUUACAGAAAGAUGUUUUAAGCUAUGACAUUUUAAGUCAUGUUUUAGGCCAUGAACAAGCCGGUUCAUGCUUGUAGUUCGAUAGAACAGAAAUCACUGUACUGGUAUGAAAUUUCGCCACUUCCAGUUUUUAUUUUACUUAAUAUUAAAGACAAGCGUAAUAUUAAGAUAUUAGUUAGGUGGACGUAAAGGAUUUCAUGGCAUUUUUCAAAAAAGAGGUCCAGAAUUAUUUGUGUGCCUUCAAAUACAUAGAUUGAUUAGAUUAUCCGUGUCACAAGCAACUUGGAAAAAACAAAAUGGGAGUGAUGUUUUCUUGCUGGAGGGCAAAACCUUCCACUAUAGAAGUAUUAGAAAAAAUUGACAAGGAAAUAAAUGCAUUGGAAGAAUUCAAGGAAAAGAAUCAGAGACUGCAGAAGAUCUGGGUUGGAAGACUGGUUCUCUAUUCAUCCACACUUUAUAUCAUAACGUUUAUAUUUGUGUACUUGUGGUGCUUUCCGGAAGAAUGGACUGCACGACUAACCUUGGCACUUCCAGGGUUUUUAUUUCCUUUACUGGUAUGGUUAAUACGAAAAAUAUUGAUUUGGCUCUUUUGCAAAAGAACUGAAAGGAACACUGAAGCUCUAGAAGAUUUAAAAGUACAAAAAAAGAAAAUUCUUGAAGAAGUCAUGGAAAAGGAGACAUACAAGAAUGCCAAACUAAUUUUGGAGAGGUUUGAUCCAGAAUCCAAGAAAGCUAAAGAACUUGAUCAAUUGCCUUCUGAAAUGCCAGCUACUCCAAGACCUGGUCAAGAUCUUCGCCAGAGGACAUCAACUCAGAGAGGUCAAGUUCCAUCCACUCCACAGGAUCUAAACCAGGGAAACCAACGAGCUCUGCAGGCUACCACACCUGUUCUGCAACAUAGCACAUCAGCUCCUGGUGGCCCGCCAGAAAAGAGUUUUCAAACAGUUUCACAUACACCUGUACUUGCAAGACGGGCAAUGCCUCCAACUACUUCUAUGCCUGGAAUAGGUCUUCAUCCUCCUGGUCCACCCCUAGCAAGACCAAUCCUCCCUCGGGAUCGAGGAGCUGUUGAUCGAGUUAUUGAAUAUUUAGUUGGUGAUGGCCCACAGAACAGAUAUGCACUUAUUUGUCAGCAGUGCUUUUCCCAUAAUGGAAUGGCCUUGAAAGAAGAAUUUGAAUAUGUUGCUUUCAGAUGUGCAUACUGUUUCUUUCUUAAUCCGGCACGGAAAACAAGGCCUCAAGCUCCAAGACUUCCAGAUUACAAUUUUGAAAAAAGAACACGUUGUGACUCUCAAAGCUCAGUUGGCUCUCAGUCUGCGACACAUGAUGGUCAACCUGCUAAUGAACAAAGUGAGGAAGCCCAAGGUCAAAAUGUUGCAUCUCUUCACAAUAGCAACCAAGUUGAAACUGGUGAAGAAGAACCUACUCCAGUGGAGGCUGAUCUAAGAGAUGACAAAGAAAUGGAACAUGAGGAGCAACCAAACGAAAAUGCAGAUGAUAUUGGAAUGAGUAAAGAUGAAGAGUCUCCUGUGGGAGAUUGAAUAGCAAAGUUUCCUACAACUCAGCAAGUAGCGAGAGCUUUAAUAUAUUUCCCAAAACAGUGUACCAAUUGGUUCUGCCAGAUGACCAAUGCAAUGGAUUAACUGAUUAGGUUAAAAUUUGAAAGGUUUAACUCUUAUCAGCAUUAAUAUAACAAUAUACCAAUCUUUUUGUUUCUAAAGAAAAAAAUCUAGAUUUGCUGUAUGUUUUUGUUUGUUUGUGAUAAAUCUGCAAAUUGCCAGUGAUAUUAAAUAGCAAAGGCUGCUUUAUCAGUUGUCAGGUCACAAUGCCCUUUGGUUUUCAGAUGUACUGUAUUUAUAAAAUUGAAGGAUUAAAAUCCAAUAGCUAAAUAUUUAAAAUGGGUUGACCCUUUAACCUUCUUUCAGAGAUGUGCUUGGCUAGAGGUCUUUUUCUAUAUUUUAAAGACUGUUUAAUUUAUAAUGCUUUAAAGUCUUGAAAGGUUGAAACUGGAUUAGGAAAAAAUCAUUUAAUGGAAAAUACAUUACCUUGGCUAUGAUAUGUGUUAUAAAACUUGAUGUUUACUGUCAGAAAUGCAAAAUUAGCUUUUAUAUUUUUAAGCCUGGAACUUUUGGAUAGUAGGUUUACCCAGUCCUUUGUAUAUUUAAUAUUUAAAAACUGUUCAUUUGGAUAAUGUGCUUUCUUUGUCUGUGGGUGAUGAAUUUGCAUGCUGUUGUAGAGGAGAUUUUUCUACUAAGUUUACAUGAAAAGCUAUUGUGUUAUAGGGACUAAUAUAAUAGUCCAUGGAUACCCCUGGUACUUUAUGGUGGGCUUAUGUGCUUUAGAAGUUUUGGAAAUUAAAUAAAUUGUAAUUACCAUGUUUACAUCAACCAAGCGCUUUAUAUAGAAUACUGAAAUUUUACUUCACCCCAUAUAAAAAAAUCAGAAUUGGAAUGCUUUAGAAAAAAAAAAAUCUUGUCCCUUUCACGCACUUUUUCAAUUAAUGCUCAAACACAAAGAUGAUUCGAUGCUCUAACAACCAAGGCACAAUUUUAAUGUGCAUUAUUCCACCUUGGUUAAAAAAUGAACUUUAUUCCCCAAACCUGAAGUUGCAGUUUACCAUUGGAGUACAUUUGUAUGAAUGACCACUGCUCGACACUAAAUAAUGAUGUAUAUUUAGUUUCUGAUAAGGCAGUAUUUCUCGAAUAAAUUUUUAAAAUAAGCGCUUCAGUAAAGCUACGCUUCAUUUCAGUGAUUGACUGUUGAGUUCUGUACCAGGAUACACUGAUUCUAAUCCCAAUUUUGAUUUGCAUGUGUUUGAGGGUUUCAUAAAUUACAAAUGUUGUUUUGUUCAGUGAUAAGUUUGUGAGGAAAAGAAUAUGUUUUCAUUCUUGUGUAAUAAUGUGUCCAUGGAAUUGCCGUUGGUCCAACCCAUGCUGUGAUGCAACCCAAGCAGGCAGCAGUUGACAGUUUUCAGGACCUACAAAAGUAUUUUUUGAGGAGCAAGGCACAAGGCCAAUAUAUUUAUUGCAGAAUGUUUCAAACCUACGUCCAGUAGGAGGGCUGAGAUAAACCUAGUUCAAUAAAUGAAUAUAAUCAAGGUGAUCAUAUAUACCAUUUAAAAGCUGUGAUAUUGGGCAAUAAUAAUCUGCCACAGAGAAAAUUGUAUAAUAAACUGUUUUCUGUGUACAUGA